AGCUAUGUGGUGCGCAAUCGUAUUCAUAUAGCUAGAUAGUGGCGCAACUAAUGUCCUCGGUGGAUAUAAUAAGCUAAGCACUAUAAUAAUUUACGUCUAUUAAAUAAAUGCGAAGUCAUAAAACUUGUUUUUACAAAGGGGUAUUUUAAUACAUUGCGUUCUACGCGUCGAAAUCGAGGCACUAAGAUGUAACCCCCUCUGCUCCCUGCCACUGUUUUUAUUCAGGGUUUUUUUUUUAGUCUGUGUUUAGGAAAGAACGGUCUUCCUUUAAAAAUUAGGAAGUUCGCCCUCCUGCGGUAACUCGCAAACACCCCUCCCCCCACGGGGCUUGUUUUCAUUCAUAAGUUUUUCCUUCCUCCCUCGGCUCGUCUCCGGGAUCUGUUUAUUAAUCAGUUCUUCACUUGCCGUCGGAGAGGGCGCAGCUAUACUGCUGAAACCCGCGGUACCGUCAGAUAGUGGUGAAAUACGACAGAUUCAACUUUCGAGAGCAUGCUGAACGUGCUUGAGCUAUAGCCUGGACUCUUAAAGAUGGGUAGUUUUUGCAGAUGAACAUUGUUGGACGGACUCAGCAGUAGGAGGGUUUCCGAUGCAUGCCAAGUCCACAGUGAAUGUUGGAAGUUGUGAUCACCACAGAUGGAGCUCCAAAGUCAACAUGGCAGCGGCGGUUCAUUCGUUGUGAUCCAGCAGCCUUCCUUGGACAGCAGGCAAAGGUUCGACUAUGAAAGGGAGCUCCAGCACACAGCCAUUCUGUCGUUAGACCAAAUCAAGGCUAUCCGGUCCAGCAAUGAGUACACCGAGGGUCCUUCUGUGGUGAGGAAGCCAGCUCCCAGGACGACGCAGAGGCCCGAAAAACAUGAAAGAACUCACGAAAUUAUUCUUAUCAAUGUGAAUAAUAACUAUGAACACCGGUCCUCUGCCCAGCCGGGUCAGGUGGGACUGCAGUACAAUGCUAGGGUACCUGUGCUGAGCAGGUCUACCAGCACAGGAAGUGCUGCAAGUUCAGGGAGCAAUAGCAGUGCCUCUUCUGAGCAGGGGCUUCUGGGGCGCUCGCCCCCAACGCGGCCCAGCUCGGCUCACCGGUCCGACAGGACUGUUCGGACACAGCCCAAGCCGACCGCUCCGGCCGAGGACACGCUCAAAAUUUCAGGGAAAGAGGGUAUCGCGAAGCACCAGUUCAUAUGUGAACAGUGUGGGAAGUGUAAGUGUGGUGAGUGCACUGCGCCGAGAACCCUGCCUUCCUGUCUGGCCUGUAACAGGCAGUGCCUCUGCUCGGCAGAGAGCAUGGUGGAGCACGGAACUUGCAUGUGCUUGGUGAAAGGGAUUUUUUACCACUGUUCGAAUGACGACGAAGGGGACUCGUGCGCGGACAAUCCUUGCUCCCUCUCCCAGUCGCACUGCUGCUCAAGAUUCCUGUGUAUGGGAUUAAUGUCUCUGCUUUUCCCGUGUUUACUCUGCUACCCUCCUGCUAAAGGCUGUGUGAAGAUGUGCCAGGGCUGCUAUGACCGAGUAAAGAGGCCAGGGUGCCGAUGUAAGAACUCCAACACUGUCUAUUGCAAACUGGAGAGCUGGCCCUCAAGGAGUCAGGACAAGCCCUCCUGAUUCUUGUUGCUGGAGAAUUUUCUCUCAUGAUAUUCUUGCUGUUUAUCAGAUCUUAAGCACCUCCCAUCCCCUUCUCUACUGAAGAAUCCUUUUUGGAGUAUGUCUGGAGUAUGAUACCACUUUUGCUGUUGGACCCUUCUACAAACCAGUGUUUGCCUUACAGUUCUUUGUCUCUUCCUCAGCUACUCAUUAACACACUUGACUCAUUGUAGAGAAUUUCUUUUUUUUUAAGGGAGAGUUCCCUGUGCUUCAAGCUUCGUGUGAGAGCAGCCUCUUACCAAAUCUGUGAAGGACUAUCUAGACAAUAUGUAGCUGUUACCAGAUAUCCAUAGCAACCAAGACUUAUUUUUUAUCUUAAGUAAUCGGUGGGCGCCAUACAAAACUGGCCAGUUCUGUUCAGUUCAGCUAAUUUAUCUUAAAAGUAUUUCUAUAGGAUCUGGUUUUCUCCCUACUUCCAAAUAUUCUGUUCAUGGACCACAACCGUGGCAUUUUGUAUUUUUAUUUUUUUUGUAAAUUUAUGUAUAAAUCGUAAAGAUGAAUUUGGGCUAUUUUUGGAGGAAAAUGUCUGUUAAAACACUUUGUUGUAAAGAAUAUUUAUUAUGUGAAGCUCUAUUAUUUUAUGAUAUUUAUUGCAAAAGACUGUCUUGAAAUUUUACUCAUGUCUGAAUAUAACAAAAUAUCAAUACUUACUGAAAAUUUUAAAGGGUGGCACAAAAGAAAAUACCUAUGUUAACUAUAAUGCAGAAAAUAUAUUAAUUAAUGAAAAAUA